UACAAGUACAACGAACGGUCAGGAAGUUGGCGCGUUAUCCAGUUUGGCGUCUGUGAUGCAACACCAGCAGGGUUCUCUCGUAGAAGCAGGACUCGCAUACGCAUCAGCAUCUGCAGCUGCAUGGCCGUCCCCGUCGGCUUUGGAGGAUCUCACCACGAGCAGGCCAGGUGGACGCAGGCGGAG